CAAGUGACAUAGUGCUUAUCGUAAUUUUAACCUUUAAGUUAAAUAAAUUUUUUAUGUUUACAUUCUCAGUUUUCAAUGUGACUAAUAAAAAUAUAUAUCAAAUUGAUACGCAUAUUGAUAUUAAUACUAACAACUGAGAGAAUAAAACACAACAACAAGAACAAUAAAACCACCAAAUCGAACAAAUCACAUUCAACAAACGUUUACAUAUCAAAACUUCAGCAGAUGACAUGGAUACUAUUCAUGAUCCAUAUUUGAGACACUUGUUCGAUGGUGACCCAAUAUUUAAUGUCUACAAUGAGGAGGCUACAAACUUGUCGGUCGGAGCACCUGGUCCUGACCUGUUAAAACAUUGUGCAGAAAUACUGAAUAAAUCGACGCAACACAGAUUGGAGGAAGAAAAAAAGGAAGGAAAAUACUAUCUCUUUCAAUAUGGUAUUACGGCGGGUCUUUGGGAAUGUCGCGAUGAAUUAGCUAAAUUUUUAAGCAGGCGAUAUGGAAAUUCCGUAAUGAGAGAGCAUUUAAUAUUAACGUGCGGAGCGUCACAUGGUCUUCAACUAUUAUUGAAUACUAUACUCUCACCAAAUGGUAUUAUUUUUGUAGAAGAAGUUACUUACAUGAUUGCUUUAGAUGCUUUUAAACAAUUUCCCUUAAUGCGAAUAGUUACAGUGCCAAUGAAGGAUGACAUAGUAGAUCUAGAUGAAUUAGAAAAAAUAAUAAUUGAAGAGAAGACAAAAGGCAACUUUUUUCUAAAUGAUCAAAAAAUAUUUUGGGCAAUGUUCUAUACAAUACCAAUUUUUCAUAAUCCAACCGGAAUGACAUUGUUGCCUGAUCAGUGCAAACGUUUAGUGGAGAUUGCACGAAACAAUUCCAUAGUGGUAGCCUGCGAUGAUGUAUACAAUUUGCUUUAUUAUGAGCAAGGAUUUCCGCCACGACGAUUAUUUUCUUACGAUAAUCCACAAGAUUCAAACUAUAAAGGAGGGAACAUUGUAUCAAAUUGUUCGUUCUCUAAAAUUCUUUCGCCAGCAAUUCGCUUUGGUUGGAUCGAAUGCAGUGCGCGUAUAGUGAAUAUUGUAAAAACAUCAGGCAUAAUGUGCAGCGGUGGUGGAGUUAACCAUUACGUUUCCGGAAUAAUUGCGAGUAUGCUUCAUGAAAAUCUCGAAGAUGAGUAUCUUGACAGGAUUAUAAAGAUCUAUAAGGAACGAUUAGAUACACUUUGUGCAACUUUGAAUCAAUUUCUGCCAAACUGUUGUUCUUAUCGACGACCAGGAGGAGGUUAUUUCGUUUGGAUCCAUCUUCCCUCGGAUGUAGAUGCUACAAAAUUCAUCAAAUGGUGUCAAAAGAAAAAAAAAGUAUCAGCGAUACCAGGUGCUCGUUUUUCAUAUACAGGUAAAGCAAAGAAUUUUUUACGUAUAAGUAUAAGUUUUCACACGAAAGAAGUUUUGGAGACUGCGACACAAACUUUAUGUAAAGCACUUUUAAUGUAUCUUUUUACUGAUAGUUGCCACAGAAAAUAAAUUUUAGAAUUCCCUGACUUUCCCAGGUUUUCCAGAUGAAAAUGAAAAAUUUUCUAAUUUAAAAUAUGUAAAUUUUAACAAAUUUAAAGAAUUGUAAAAAAAUUAACCUAUAUUAUUAAAAACAACGCAAAGAAGGUUAGUAGCAUACUAAAAUUUUAGAUGCGAAUUCGAACUAACAAAAAAUAAAUUAGUAUUAGAAAAAAGAAU